AGCGGCGCGUGCGCACUGGCCACGCCCGCGACGGGAAGCGCACGAGCGGCGGCGGCGAUGGAGGACGGUAGGAGUCCGGGCCCGCGCAUUUGUGAGGGUGAUUGCGCCGUCCUGAAGCGGGACGACGUCUUCAAAGCGGUACCCGUGCUGAGGAGGAGGCCAACUGGCAUAGCAAGAAGUGCCUGCACCCCAGCAGGAAAUACUAUAAUCAGUGGACACAGCCUGGGCUCUUCCCCUUGCAGCAGACAAUUUUAUAGACCAAUGUGUAGAAGUCAGUAUUGGGUAAUGUGGCCAGACAUCUGAUUCAGUAGCAUGGAGAUUUAAAGAAAAAUUAUUUUUGAGAAGCAAUGGUUCUAUCUGGAUAAUGCCAUCGGACAUAUUUAUGGAACUACAUUUGAAGUAACCAGUGGUGGAAACCUCCAGCCAAAGCAAGAGGUGGAAGAGACUACCACAGAAACAAAAGAAGCAGGUACAGAUAAUCGUAACAUAGUUGACGAUGGAAAGUCUCAAAAACUGACUCAUGAUGACAUAAAGGCUUUGAAGGACAAGGGUAUUAAAGGACAGGAAAUAGUUCAACAGUUAAUAGAGAACAGUACAACAUUCAGAGACAAAACAGAAUUUGCUCAAGAUAAAUACAUAAAGAAGAAGAAAAAAAAAUAUGAGGCAGUUAUUACAAUUGUGAAACCAUCCACUCGCAUUCUUUCAACAAUGUAUUAUGCAAGGGAACCUGGAAAAAUUAACCACUUGCGAUAUGACACCCUAGCUCAGAUGUUGACUUUAGGAAACAUCCGUGCUGGCAACAAGAUGAUUGUAAUGGAAACAUGUGCAGGCCUUGUGCUGGGUGCGGUGAUGGAGCGAAUGGGAGGCUAUGGAUCCAUUAUUCAGAUGUAUCCAGGAGGAGGACCUGUUAGAGCUGCUACCAGUUGUUUUGGAUUUCCAAAACUUUUUUUUGAUAAUCUUCAUGAAUUUCCUCUCAGCAAAGUGGAUAGUCUCCUCUCUGGGACAUUUUCUACAGAGACUCUGCCUUCAGAACCUGAAGAUAAUGCGCUACUGGAGGAAGAAAGCAAUGGAUUGACUGAUGAGAAGCAGACUUCCCUACAGGAAGCAGAAGAGGAAUCUGCUGCUGAAGCAGCUAUGGAGAUCAGCCAAACAGAAGAACAAGAAACAAUGGACAUUAAUGCUGAAGAUGUAGAAUUUAAAGAGAACAAAGAAAAAGAAAAUAAAGAAAAUGUUCGGGAAAAGCAAAGAAAACAAUGGGAGAGAAGGAAAAAGCUAAUAGAAACUGCUGCUUUGUUGAGAGAGAAGAAUGCUGAUGGCUUAAUUGUGGCCAGCAAGUUUCAUCCCACUCCUUUGUUACUUUCUUUAUUGGAAUUUGUUGCUCCUUCAAGGCCUUUUGUUGUCUACUGCCAGUAUAAAGAGCCAUUAUUAGAAUGUUACACAAAGCUGAGGGAAAGAGGCGGUGUUAUUAACCUAAAGCUGUCUGAAACCUGGCUACGAAACUACCAGGUCUUACCAGAUCGAAGCCAUCCAAAACUGACAAUGAGCGGAGGUGGAGGGUACCUUCUGUCUGGUACCACUGUUGUCUUGGAUAAGGGCAAAUCGGAUUCUAGUAGUUUAGAAGCACUGAAGAUGGAAGAGCCAUCAUCUAAAAGAUGCAAAGUUCAAGACCUUCAUUGUUAAUAUUUGAAGUAUUGAUUUGUUUUUUAGAUCUCAGGAGUCUUACUGUUAGUAAAAUAACAAAUAUACUUUCUGUGCUCUUGACGGUACAGAAAUUGUACCUGUCAUACAUCUGUCAGCAAAAAGCAUCAGAACUGUGUGGUAGGGAGGAUUGUCUUGCUCUUUAUCAGUUUACACGAUCAGAAUGAGAAGCAGGUGUCCCUUGGAAGCAAAUGUCACACUGAAAACACAGUAACUUCAAAAAGAAGAGAAGAUCAAGAGAAGAUAGAACAUCAGUGAAGGCAUUCUGUUUUGUUUGUUGCCAAAAGUGGAUAUGAUGAAGUAGUUUUUUAAAAGGUUGAGUCCGAAUCAACACAUCUAACUUAGCUCCCCAUUUUCCCACAACAGCAUCAGGGUAAAACAUUCUGCGUAGUGAUCUGCUCCCCCUUUGGACACAGAACCUGGCUGCGUUCAGUAGUUUAAGGAACUAGAACGAACAGCAAAAGUCAUACACUUUUCUUUCCAAAGGAACAAUAAAAAGAGAUUAAGACCAGAACUUUACAGCAUGACCUCAUGUUUUCCUGAAAUAAAUACAGAAGAGAAAGUGCAUGUUCAUAAAUUAAAAUACCAAAUAUUUAAACAGAAUGUCUUCAUUAGUAUUGCCUGUCAUUUUCCUGGGAGUUGUUGUAUGUUUUUAUUUUAAGAUAUGACUAUUUUGAAAACUGCUAUAUGUAUAUAUAUUUAUUCUACUGUUUUAUCUUUAAUGAUGUGUAGCUUUUUUAUUAAUUUUUUUAACUUUGCAUUUGCCAUUUCAAUUAAACUGCAGGAUGUUUUUCCUAAUGAGAUUUAUUUUCUUUUUCUUACUUUUCUCCUCUUUUUGGAAAUAAAAGGGUCUAGCAGAGGCUUUAGGAGGAGAAUACCCUCGCUGGCUGCACCCCACUGAACCCCCAGUGGGGAGCUUUAGGCCCGUAUGGGAGCUGGUAGAGCCAGCAGGACUUGGCUUCCAUUCCUGAACUUACUCGUCAGGGGGAAGCUGGAGCUUUGGGAUCAAGUAAUCAGACUUCAUAAAGUUGUAAAAUUCUGUACAUUGAUAAAAGUAAUGCUCUUCUAGGACACCAUUAGCUCAAAACAACAUAAAACAGGGGCUGUAAUUUGUGUAAAGAAGCAGUUAAAGAUUUCUCUUACGUGAACAGGUACAGUGUAUCUUCAGGUGUUUGUCUGCCUCUGUUCUGUUUUUUGUAAACUUCCCAUUUUUAUUUUUUUUGUCUAUUUUUAUGGAAAGCUUUUCUUCUCUUACUUACAUGAAGAACACAUAAAUGGAGAGAUUGUAGGUUUCA